AUGUCACCGACUACCACAUCCUCAUCUAGCUCGAACGCCGCAUCCACAGUCACCAGCACGAUCAGCCCGACUAGUAGCAACAGCAGUACUCCUGAUAUUACAACUGAAGUCAUAGUAGGAGGACUCAUUGCAGGGAUUCUCGUGGCUCUGAUUGUUGCGGGAUUGGUCUAUUUUCUUUGUCAACGAAAUAAGGGUCAAAAAAGUAGCAAGGGUGGUGGAGGAGGUUCUCGCAAAGACGGGAGAGGAAGAUCUAUGGAUGGCUCAGAUCCGCUCCUCUACCCAACCAUCUCGCAGCUUGGUCAAGGAGAUUACAAUCCAUAUGUGGAGACUGUAUCUAUCCCAGCCCGGCCUAUGCACCCUGAAAUUUCCUUGAACUACACCGAAAUCGACAUGCUCGAACCUCUGCCUUCCUCCUCUUCCGUGAUGCAGGAAGUCCCUAUGUCUCUAUCUCCUCCUCGGCCGUCGCUUCCACCAUUGGUCAUUCCACCUCUUUCUAUUGCCCCAUUCGCUAUACGGUAUCCAGCAAAAUUACCCUCGAUAGCACCCACAGCAGUCCCUGCAGUGGAACAUAAUAGCAACAACCCUGCCUCAGCAGUAUCGAUUGACGAUGCAGCUUCUGAAAGCUCCAUGUCCGCCUAUUCACAGGCUUCCGCUUCAACUCGGAUACAUAAAGCUUGGGAGGACGACACCCAAAUUCCUCCAAUACCUAAAAUUCCUUCUUAUCUUUAUAACGCUUAUAUUGCUCCCGAAGUUGCAGACGAAAACACGUCCCUUGCACGAGGCAACACCACUAAGGUAGCUGCAUUACUGAAAUCUCGUGCUCGUCGUGCACAGAGAGGAAAACCUUUGACCCGAUCCUCCACCAAGAUCUCUCGUAUUGAACGCUCUGAUUCUCUCGAGUACAUUCCGUUCACGCCUCGUACUAAGCAUACAGAAGCAGAAAGAUUACAUCGUGACGCAAGCACACUUGGGACUAAAUCCCCUGCUCCAUCCGAGGCAGCCUCGCUAACCAUCCGCAACCCGUUCGCGGACACGUCUUCGUCCUCACGGUCCACAUCAGUGACCACGUCGAUCGCCAGCCACACAAUUCACACAGUGGAUCCUCCAUAUUACGCACAUCGCCUGUCGGUGAUUGACAAUGAGGAAGCCGAAACGGAGUCUUUGUACGCUGAUGAAGUACCUACUUUUCCUGCUACGAUCGAUACACCGCCGUUGAGGAUAUCGAAAAAUCAAGUUUCCAAUGCGCGUUCAUGA